GUGCACUGCGUAAACUUAUACGGAAGUGAGAAUCUGUAGUGCUCGGAGUCGUAGCACCAUACACAAAAACGAAACCAAAUCUGUGACGGAUGCAUUCCUAAAGUGGCAAUUUCGAAUUCAUUUGCACCGAACUGAAAGCAUAAUUUCUCGACAGUCUUAUCACAGUUGCUGUCUGAUGCAUUAGGCCUCUUAACUAUGGGUUUCAGCGGCAACGAAAAGCCGGAGUUGCUGUCGGAUGCCGUGGUAUGGAAGACCUUUUGAAGUAGGGAAUCCUUGACAAGCUGUGCUGGCUGUCACUGUGGAAGGUCGAUCGAGGGUGUGACGACACGGCAGGGAAAACGCUACACAGUGUCGCCAUCCUAGUGGGACUCUCCCAAGACAGGAUUCUGUAAUUCAGCGACAUUUCAGGUCUUUUCAUGGCCAAGCAAGAUGAUUUCGGGUGGUACAUCAGCACCAGCCUCGCCUGCAAGGAAGCCAGCUAUUGCCCCUAAACCCUCUUCACUCAAGAGCCCUCCUCUACCAACUAAGCAGAGUCAUGGCCUCAACAAAACUCCUGUCCCAACCCCAAAGCCACGCAAGCUGCAGGCUACACACAGCUCACCGACACCAGUAUCAGGGGGCACGGGGGGUCCCCCACCGGUUAAGACGAAGACGUUUCAUAAUGCAGGGGCAGGACACCGGGCAAACAGUGAAGACUCGGGCAUCUUUGACUUGAGAGACAGUGCAGAACUGUCUAAAGCUGAGGUGAACAUUGGCGAGGUCAAAGAUUCCAUUUUGGAAGAGCCCAUCAUAAUGGAUGAGAGAUUAGAAAUUGUGUGCCGUGAUGACAUCCAGACGGUAAAAAGUGAGGAUGCAUCACCAGUGAAUAGCUUGACAUCCAGUCCAAAGCGCUCUCCACCCAAGCCACUUCCAAGAAGAGCCCCUCCUAGUCCUGUCCCGCCCCCUCGGCGAGCGAAGAGUGUGAUUGAUCCACCCAAUCUUAACAGAUCUUUGAAACCCAAAUUAAACAAAUCCACUGAUGACCUGACAGCCUGUCAAGUUGAGGAAGAGAUCGAAACUGAAGCUUCCGAAACAAAUGAUUCAGCCAUUAGUUAUUCACCAGUCAAGUCAUCCGAGUCAAAGGCUGAUAGAACAUGUCCAAAUGUAGAGAAUGACAGGUUCAAAGAGAAUGUCACCCCUCCUCCUGUACCACCUCACAAACAAAACAGCCCUUCAAGAACACCUCCAAUUAAUCAGAAGUCCUCCAAACCAGCUCGGCCUCCUCCCCCAUCCAAAGCCAUUCCAGUUGCCCCUCCCGUAAGACCCAAGCCCAUCUCCAAGAAGAUUGAAACUCCAGAGUUCUCAAGGCAUCCCAGUGUAGAUGGUCCUGGGGUGGAUGGCUCCUGUGAAGCUUCCCCGAAGAUUCCACCUAGAACACGGCGCAGUUUGGUGACAGACGACAAGCUCCUCCCAAAUCAGACUGACAAAAUCUUCUUUCCAGAGAACGGCCUGAAUGGGGAGGCUGAACCUCUGCCAGACGUAACCUCUGGCAGCAGCGGCAGUGAAAAGUUAAUCAAGAUUCCUCCUAGGAAGAGAUGGUCCCAACAUGCUAACAGCAGCCUGACUGCUAUGCCUUACCACAAAGUGCAAUCCCCUGACCCUGCUUCCCCCAAGUCUCCUGAAGUCACAAUCCAUCCAUCAGGGAUUGUUGGGUAUCACUCUGUCGCUCCACCUCGGCCAGUUGAGGGUCCCCCUAAGCGUCUGGCACCAGUGCCGCCCUCGCCAUACAGCAGCACUGCAAAACAAUCACGACCCAUUCCAGAUGAUUCUCAGAAACGAGUUCCACCACCCAGACCUCCACCAUUGCGUAGUGCCUUACCCCCCAAGCCAGCUACACUCAUCAAAUGCAUCUCACAGGAGCAAGACACUGACGACGUAACUGAUUUUUUAACCGCUCAAGACUCAUCGCUGCCCCCAGAGAAUCCCAGCAGCACAAUGCAGUCAGAUAAGAAUGCCGAUAGGCAAAGCGUCGUCAGUGACGAUGAUGAAUACGUGCUCCCCGAUGGUGAGUACGUCUUCCCAGAUGGCCCGCACUAUGAGAACAAUGAAGUUGUCCCCGUCUUUGAACCCCUCAUGUCCCCACCCCUGUCUCCAUCGCCAGAAUCUGGUCCCACCAAGAGACUUGUACCUGGCAGGCAGAAGCGUGUACCUCCUCCCAAGCCGAAGAGGACGCCUAGCAUCCAGUCUGAUAUCUCAAAUGAUGGCUAUGAGGACAUGUCCAGAGGUUCCUUUGCUUCCGUUGCUCUGAGUUCUAUCAGUGCUGAAGUGUAUUCUGUACCCAGGUCUUGUGAGCAUAGUAUGCAUGAAAGUGGCCGCUGUCAGUGUGCUGAUUAUGCCGAACAGAGCAGUGGUGAAGACGAGGGUUCAUCAGAUGAUGACGAGGACAGCUAUGAGAAGUUUGACCAGGGCGUCAUGGCGGAGAAAGAGGAAGAUGUGGAGCCCGAGGUCCGAAAGCGCCGCAAGGCAUUCCUAGUAGCUCAAGAGCUGAGGGACUCGGAGAAAGUAUUUGUGGAUGUCCUCAGACUCAUCAAUGUGGAUUUUAAGGUGGCCAUUGAGGAUGCUGAGAGGUCAGCUGGUCGGCCAAUCAUUGAGAAAGGACUGCUUGAUCAGAUCCUAGGUCAUCUACCGCAGCUUCAGAUGUUCAACGAGGACUUACUUGCUGAUUUAGACUCGAGAGUCAGUAACUGGGCAGAGAACCCUCGAAUAGCUGACAUUUUCCUGAAGAAAGGCCCGUACCUCAAGCUGUACAACACCUACAUCAGAGACUUUCAGAAAUUGACAGCUACCGUGGAGGAAGCCUGUCAGAAAUCGCCCUUGUUCAAUGCUACACUUAGAGAAUUUGAGGCCAGUUCAAGAUGUCAGAACCUGUCCCUGAGGCAACACAUGUUGAAGCCAAUUCAGAGAAUUCCUCAGUACAAACUACUCUUAACUGAAUACUUAAAGCAAUUGGAUGAGGAAGCCCAAGAGGAAGAUUUCAAAGAUACUAUGGCUGCUCUGAAUAUCGUGAGCGAGGUGGCCAAUCAUGUUAAUGAAAGCAUGAAACAAGGGGAUAACCUGGAUAAGCUUCUGCAGUUACAACAGAGUCUGGUGGGUAACCAUGAGAUAGUCAGGCCUGGCCGGGUUUUUAUUAAAGAAGGGGACUUACUGAAGCUGUCAAGAAAGGUGCCACAAACACGGAGAUUUUACCUGUUGAGUGAUAUCCUGUUGUAUACCACACCGUUUCUACUGACACCAGGCCAAUACAAUUACAAGCUGCAUAAUGUCCUGUCAUUGGCUGGCAUGAGGGUAAGCAAGCCAGCACAGGAAGAUUACAAGAACGAGUUCAGUAUCAUCAGUGUACAGAGAUCCUUCACUUUGGCAGCAAACACUCCUGAGGAGAGAGACUCUUGGGUUGCAGCUCUGAAUAAAGCGAUCACGGAGUAUGCCAGUAAACGAAGCUCCUUUGCUGUUUUACAUCCUCAGUAUGCACAGCUUUUGUCAGAAGGCGACAGUACCAGCCUAGGUAGGAAAGCACCAGCUUGGAUUCCUGACGCUCGUGUUACCAUGUGCAUGAUCUGUACUUGUGAGUUCACCAUUACCUGGAGAAGACACCACUGCAGAGCUUGUGGAAAGGUUGUGUGUGGAAACUGCUCGGCAAACAAGAUACCACUCCACUACUUGGCUAACAAGGUGGCCAGGGUCUGUGAUCAGUGCUACAGAACUCUUGUCAAAGGUGAUAAACAAGGAGAAGAUAUGGAAGAUGGAAAGGAUCAAAGUAAAGGCAAAGGGAAAAGGAAAAGAUCAGCAAAACCAAUUAUUAGACCUUCGGCCCUCAAACAGGUCUCUGCUAGUGAGCAGGAUACCAGUAUGAGCGGUUACCUGAUGCUGAGACGGAAGAAAGAUUGGAAAAGACAAUGGUAUGUCUUGAAGGAAAAGGUGUUGUAUAGAUACAAAGCCAGCGAGGAUGUGGCAGCGUUGGAGAGCAUGCCACUCUUGGGAUAUGAAAUACAGAUAUUGAAUGAGCCAUUUGAAGGAGUUGAAGCAGGCUUUAUCAUUCAGCUUUGCCAUCAAUCCAAGGUACUGUUCCAACUACGAGCUGAGAACAAGCCUAUGGCUGAGAAGUGGGCGGUACUGAUGACAGAGGCUACACAUCUCUGAGAUGAUGUAUCCUCAAAUCACCAAAGCUCGUUUUAUCUCUUGAGAACUGGUGUGUGCUGAGAUGUCUUUAAGACAUUUUAAUUUUCUUUUCAUUCCAAAUGGGCUGCUGAACUGCAAUAUGAUAAAACUGGUAUGCAAGAUCAAAGUUGUAAAAUGACUUUAAGACAUAAGACCGAUGUUGGUCAUAAGUAAUAUGUUUAUUCCCCGUAACACUAGAAUGAAGCAUUCCUGUUGAGUUGUAUGUUUUAAAACAAUUAUUUAAAUGCAUUUCAGAUGAGGCUGAGGACUCCAAAGUGGAUUUCGUUAAAUGUCACAAGUUUUUUCUUAAACACCUGAGCAGUUUCCUAAACUGAGUGCUUUAAGUAAACUAUGAUGUCAUUCCUGAGCUCUGACGUACUAGAGAACUAAGCAUAGGAAGAUGUGAUGAUUUUUUGUCCAAGGUCAGUAGCAACUUUGUUACUGCCAACAGGAUAGGUUUUCUAAGAGUACCAAUGCUACCAAGGUGUGUUUUUUUGUUUUGUUUAUACAGUCAAACCUUCUUAAUAAGAACACUGUUAACACAAGAUUCUGGUUAUAACAAGGAUAUUUUGAGGUCCCAAUCCUUUGUUUUUCAUUAUUUUCAUUCCUGAUGAUACAAGAUUCCUGUUAUAACGAGGUAAUUUGCCAAGUCUGAAGAACUUCUUAUUAAUGAGGUUCAACUGUAAUAUGCUAUAGAAACCUCCUAUAUUGUCUUCCAAAUGUUUAAACAGUAUUACACAUAUUCUUAUUUAACAAAAGUUCCAUUAUGUUGCCUUUUUGUAUUAAAAUUGGGAUGACUGUAUGUGUUAAUUCGGUUUUGUAACAGACAUGCAACUUCCAAAGUUUCAUCUGAAUGAUGUCUAUGACUUGUAAUAAUUGGACUAACACAACAGGUAAAUUUCUGCUCUAGUCAAACAUACAUAUCGAAGUAUAACUUGUUUAGUAUACCCAGCGUGCCUUAUAAUGCUUACAUAUUGAAGUGUAUUUUUGCUAGCUGUUUUAUUGAUGCCAAUGUUGGACAAAACUAUUGAUGUAAUUUUUAACAAGCUCCAAUCUUAAGAAAACCAUGUUAAGUGAGAAAUUCCAAGCAUACCACCAUUAAAAUGUUGCAUAAGUUCUCAAAUUAUGAGAUUUAGCAUUCUCAAAAGGUUACUUUUAUCUUAACCACUUGAUGCUGGGUGGAAGUUGAAGUUAAAUGACGUAAACCCAGGAGAUUUUCAAGAUUUUCUAUUUUCAAAAUUCUUAAAUAAAUCAUAGCUUCAUUUACUGGACGUUUACACCCACAUGAAUAACUGUCUGGUGGCUACUCUAAUCUGACAGACAACAUCUAUUGAGUAUUUCAGCUAGGCCGCCACCUUGUAAAAUGAGCCUAGAUUGUGAGUGUCAUGUAACUUUCUUUGUUCUUGAAACUGUUAGUGUGCUACUGGCGUUUUUUCAAUAGGAGCCAGAUUAGCAUGCAGCAGAAGGUAUCACUCAUUGCUGGAGUGCUUUUGUCCCCGGUGGUAAUCCGCUUGUGCUGAAUGCCACAAACAAUGAUAUAAUCUCUCAAAAGGACAGAUUUCCAUGUCUUUUGACAACUGAAAAUUUUUUGGCAACUCCCAGCAGCUUGGUCUUUUGUUCCAGAGUACGUUCUUUGUUAUAAGGCCCGGCUCUUUUGUCUGGUUUCAGGCUCCCUGGUUUCGUGUAUUAAUCCUUUGUGCCCGAAAUGAGGUUCCCACCAGCAAGUGGUUAAAAUGAUAGAACUAAGAAUUGAUAAUGAAUUAUGUGAGGUGUUACCACUGUGCAAAUAUUCCAGAAAAUUAUUUGGAUGUUAAUUAUUGACCUAAUCAGGAUGCAUGUAAUAACAUUUAAGACAGUUGUUAUAGCCAAAUGAGGGCAGUUAUAUUGGAAGCAUAUGAGGAAAAGCGAUUUGACCAAAUCCAUUUGACUGUUAACAGUGGACUGGACUUAGGCACGGCCUGAUUUUUAUAUUUAAUUCUUGGAAAUUACCCAAUGUGUGCAUGGAUAAUUGACCAAUAAAUGAACUGAAUCUGGUGCUUCAAAA